UGCUCAGAGCCGCCGCGCCCGGGACGGUGAGCAGGGCUCACACUCGGGCCCUCCGAGACUGAGUUGCCCGCCGCGGCCCCCGGGAGCCGGGCUCAGCUCCCCGCCGCCUCCGCCGCUCCCCCGCCGCGCCGGGCGCAGCCACCAUGGGGCCCCGGCUCAGCGCCUGCCUUCUGCUGCUGCUCGGCGCCCUUCUGCUCCACGAGGAGCGCAGCAGGGCCGCCGCGAAGGGUGACUGUGGUGGCUCUGGCUGUGGAAAAUGUGACUGUCAUGGCGUGAAGGGACAAAAGGGAGAAAGAGGCUUUCCAGGGUUACAAGGUGUCAUUGGGUUUCCUGGGAUGCAAGGACCCGAGGGGCCACAUGGACCACCAGGACAGAAGGGUGACGCUGGAGAACCUGGACUUCCAGGCACGAAAGGGACAAGGGGACCCCCUGGAGCAGCUGGCUACCCUGGGAAUCCUGGACUUCCUGGUAUUCCUGGCCAAGAUGGCCCUCCAGGUCCCCCAGGUAUCCCAGGAUGCAACGGUACAAAGGGAGAGAGAGGGCCACUCGGUCCUCCCGGCUUGCCUGGAUUCAGCGGAAAUCCUGGACCACCGGGGUUACCAGGAAUGAAGGGAGACCCUGGAGAGAUUCUCGGCCACGUUCCUGGCACACUGUUGAAGGGGGAGAGAGGAUUUCCUGGCAUCCCUGGGGCACCGGGCUCACCAGGAUUGCCGGGACUCCAGGGACCUGUCGGUCCUCCGGGAUUUACUGGGCCACCGGGUCCUCCAGGCCCUCCUGGCCCACCUGGAGAAAAGGGGCAGAUGGGCUCCAGCUUCCAAGGACCAAAGGGUGACAAGGGCGAGCAAGGGGUCAGUGGUCCUCCCGGAGUACCCGGACAGGCACAAGUUAAGGAAAAAGGAGACUUCGCCCCAACAGGAGAAAAGGGUCAGAAAGGUGAACCCGGCUUCCAGGGAAUGCCAGGAGUGGGAGAGAAAGGUGAACCUGGCAAGCAAGGGCCUCGGGGGAAACCUGGAAAAGAUGGUGAGAAAGGAGAGAAGGGGAGUCCGGGCUUUCCUGGUGAUUCUGGGUAUCCAGGACUCCCAGGCCGGCAGGGCCCUCAGGGAGAGAAGGGCGAAGCUGGACUUCCAGGCCCCCCUGGAACUGUGGUGGGCACCAGGCCUUUGGGAGAGAAAGGAGACAGAGGCUACCCAGGAACGCCAGGGAUAAGAGGAGAGCCAGGCCCCAAAGGUUACCCUGGAAUACAAGGCCAGCCAGGCCCUCCAGGCUUCACUAUUCCAGGCCAGCCUGGUGCUCCUGGCUUCCCAGGCGAAAGAGGAUUAAAAGGUGACCAAGGAUUGCCAGGCGUGUCUUUACCAGGACCAAGCGGAAGAGAUGGCGCCCCAGGGCCUCCUGGUCCUCCUGGACCCCCUGGGCAGCCAGGCCACACAAAUGGCAUUGUGGAGUGUCAGCCUGGACCACCUGGGGACCAGGGUCCUCCUGGGACUCCAGGAGCGCCAGGCUUGACAGGAGAAAUGGGAGAGAAAGGUCAGAAAGGAGAGAGCUGCCUUGCGUGUGACACAGAAGGACUUCGAGGCCCUCCUGGGCCACAGGGCCCCCCAGGAGAGAUUGGUUUCCCCGGACAGCCAGGGGCCAAAGGUGACCGAGGUCUGCCCGGCAGGGAUGGUCUUGAAGGAUUGCCGGGUCCGCAAGGUUCACCAGGCCUUAUGGGCCAGCCUGGAGCUAAGGGAGAGCCUGGCGAGAUAUUUUUUGACAUGCGCCUCAAAGGUGACAAAGGAGAUCCAGGUUUUCCAGGACAGCCAGGCAUGCCCGGAAGAGCAGGAACUCCUGGAAGAGAUGGCCACCCAGGGCUCCCUGGACCCAAAGGCUCCCCGGGUUCGGUAGGAUUGAAAGGAGAACGAGGUCCCCCUGGAGGAGUUGGCUUCCCCGGGAGUCGUGGUGACACCGGCCCUCCUGGACCCCCAGGAAUCGGUUCCAUUGGUCCCAUUGGUGAAAAAGGACACGCAGGCUUUCCUGGAAGCCCAGGGUCCCCAGGCCUUCCAGGUCCAAAGGGUGAAGCAGGAAAGGUUGUCCCACUCCCUGGCCCCCCUGGAGCUGCAGGACUUCCAGGAUCCCCUGGGUUCCCAGGGCCACAAGGUGACCGAGGUCUCCCAGGAAUCCCAGGACGGCCAGGCAUCCCGGGAGAGAAGGGUGCCGUGGGCCAGCCAGGGAUUGGAUUUCCCGGGCUUCCUGGCCCCAAAGGUGUGGAUGGCUUGCCUGGAGAGAGAGGCCUACCCGGCAGUCCAGGUCGUCCUGGAUUCAAUGGCUUACCUGGAAACCCAGGACCACAAGGCCAAAAGGGAGAACCUGGCAUUGGGCUACCAGGACUCAAGGGGCAGCCAGGCCUUCCGGGCAUUCCUGGUACGCCAGGAGAGAAGGGCAACAUCGGGGGACCAGGCUUCCCUGGAGAACAGGGCUUAAUCGGCCCUCCUGGACUGCAGGGGAUCAGAGGUGACCCAGGACCUCCUGGUGUUCAAGGCCCUGCAGGUCCACCAGGGGUUCCAGGAGUAGGACCACCUGGAGCCAUGGGCCCUCCCGGAGGACAAGGACCACCAGGGUCAUCAGGUCCACCUGGAGUCAAAGGAGAGAAGGGCUUCCCUGGAUUCCCAGGCCUGGAUAUGCCUGGCCCCAAAGGAGAUAAAGGUUCUCAAGGACUUCCUGGCCUUACAGGGCAGUCAGGGCUUCCUGGCCUUCCUGGACAGCAGGGGGCUCCUGGACUUCCAGGGUUCCCAGGUUCUAAAGGAGAAAUGGGCGUCAUGGGAACUCCAGGACAACCAGGCUCCCCAGGACCAGCUGGCACCCCAGGGUUACCUGGAGAAAAAGGGGACCAUGGCCUUCCAGGCUCCUCAGGACCUAGGGGUGACCCUGGCUUCAAAGGUGACAAAGGGGACGUUGGGCUUCCCGGCAUGCCAGGAUCGAUGGAUCAUGUGGACAUGGGCAGCAUGAAGGGACAGAAAGGAGACCAAGGAGAAAAAGGACAAAUCGGACCCACUGGUGAUAAAGGUUCCCGAGGAGAUCCUGGAACCCCUGGAGUUCCUGGGAAGGAUGGGCAGGCAGGACAACCUGGACAGCCAGGACCUAAAGGUGACCCAGGUCUUAGUGGAACACCAGGAGCCCCUGGACUCCCUGGACCCAAAGGAUCGGUUGGAGGAAUGGGCUUGCCAGGUUUACCUGGAGAAAAAGGCGUCCCCGGCAUCCCUGGCUCGCAGGGUGUCCCCGGCUUACCUGGAGAGAAAGGAGCAAAAGGAGAGAAGGGGCAGUCAGGUCUGCCUGGCGUUGGGAUUCCUGGGCGGCCAGGCGACAAGGGAGACCAGGGGCUCACUGGUUUCCCGGGCAGCCCUGGUGAGAAGGGAGAAAAAGGCAGUGCCGGAACCCCGGGGAUGCCAGGGUCCCCAGGCCCCAGAGGUUCUCCAGGGAGCAUCGGCCAUCCAGGAAGCCCGGGCCUACCUGGAGAGAAGGGAGACAAAGGCCUGCCAGGGCUGGAUGGCAUUCCUGGUGUCAAAGGAGAAGCGGGUCUCCCUGGCACUCCUGGCCCUGUAGGCCCAGCCGGCCAGAAGGGAGAGCCUGGCAGUGAUGGAAUCCCAGGGUCGGCAGGAGAGAAGGGUGAACCAGGACUGCCAGGAAGAGGCUUCCCCGGCUUCCCAGGCACCAAAGGAGACAAAGGUUCCAAGGGGGAAGUGGGCUUCCCUGGCUCAGCUGGAAGUCCUGGAAUUCCUGGAGCAAAAGGCGAGCAAGGAUUCAUGGGUCCUCCGGGCCCUCAAGGACAACCAGGCUUACCUGGCACUCCUGGUCAUCCUGUGGAGGGGCCCAAAGGAGACCGAGGACCUCAGGGUCAACCUGGCCUGCCAGGGCAUCCGGGACCUAUGGGGCCUCCAGGCUUCCCAGGAAUCGAUGGGUCAAAAGGCGAGAAGGGAAAUCCAGGUUGGCCAGGAUCUCCUGGGAUUCCAGGCCCUAAGGGAGACCCCGGAUUCCAAGGCAUGCCGGGCAUUGGUGGCUCUCCAGGGAUCACAGGUUCAAAGGGAGAUAUGGGACCGCCCGGAGUUCCAGGAUUCCAAGGUCAGAAAGGUCUUCCCGGGCUGCAGGGGAUAAAAGGAGAUCAGGGAGAUCAAGGCAUACCCGGCCCUAAAGGCCUUCAGGGUCCUCCUGGGCCCCCAGGUCCCUACGAUGUCAUCAAAGGAGAACCAGGGCUCCCUGGUCCUGAGGGUCCUCCUGGUCUGAAAGGACUCCAGGGACCACCGGGUCCAAAAGGACAGCAAGGUGUGACAGGCUCAGUAGGCUUGCCUGGACCUCCAGGUGUUCCCGGGUUCGAUGGUGCCCCUGGCCAGAAAGGAGAGACUGGACCCUUUGGACCACCUGGUCCGAGAGGGUUUCCUGGUCCACCAGGCCCUGAUGGGCUGCCGGGAUCUAUGGGUCCCCCGGGUACCCCGUCUGUGGACCAUGGCUUCCUUGUGACCAGGCAUAGUCAGACAACAGACGACCCCCUGUGUCCUCCAGGGACCAAAAUUCUUUACCAUGGCUACUCUCUGCUCUAUGUGCAAGGCAACGAGCGGGCCCACGGGCAGGACUUGGGCACGGCUGGCAGCUGUCUGCGCAAGUUCAGCACGAUGCCCUUCCUCUUCUGCAACAUCAACAACGUGUGCAACUUCGCCUCCAGGAACGACUACUCGUACUGGCUGUCCACGCCGGAGCCCAUGCCCAUGUCCAUGGCGCCCAUCUCUGGGGACAACAUCCGGCCCUUCAUUAGCAGGUGUGCGGUUUGUGAGGCCCCCGCCAUGGUGAUGGCAGUACACAGUCAGACCAUCCAGAUCCCGCCCUGCCCCAACGGUUGGUCCUCGCUGUGGAUUGGCUAUUCCUUCGUCAUGCACACCAGCGCUGGUGCCGAGGGUUCUGGCCAGGCCCUUGCAUCCCCCGGGUCCUGUCUGGAAGAGUUUAGAAGUGCUCCCUUCAUCGAGUGCCACGGCCGCGGGACGUGCAAUUACUACGCGAACGCUUACAGCUUUUGGCUCGCCACCAUAGAGAGAAGCGAGAUGUUCAAGAAGCCUACGCCGUCCACCUUGAAGGCCGGGGAGCUGCGCACGCACGUCAGCCGUUGCCAAGUGUGCAUGAGAAGAACAUAACGCCGCCCGCCGCAGCCGCCGUCACAACAUGGUGCUACUCCCUCCUCGUCCUCUCCCCUCCCUCCUGUUUUAUUUUUAACAGCAAUGAACCCUAGAAUUAUAUCCUAUGUACCUCACUGUCCACUAUGAAAACCAUGAAGUGCCUUAGGGAUUCGCGUAACUAACACACCCGCUUCGUUGGCCUCUGUUUGCUGAAGGAGAAGGGCAGACAGCGGCGAGCUUUCCAUAGUGACACAUACCAGAUGGCACUUGUGAUCAAAUAAAAGAUGAAUUGCCUUUUGCAAUCCAGUGCGCUGAUGUGUGAGGCGAGAACUCCAUAGGAGACCCAAAGGUGCUAGGGGUGUGCGGUGCUUGCAGACAGCCCACAGCCGUUUCAUCCUGUCACCCCAGAUGUGCGUGUCUGUCUAGUGUUCCAGAUCAGGUCCCUCGAUGGGCUGUGCAAAUAGCAGUCAAGGAAACUGGUUUCUUCAACCCUCUACACGGAAUUCCAUCUUUUCCGCCCCAAACACAAACUUACACCCUGUGUGGUACUACGCAGCUGCUUUUGUGGAAGUCAUGGCUUUCCUGUGGAAUAAAGAUGGUCCAAAGGUAGACAGAAAGUAAAUAAAUAUAUAUAUAUUAGUAAUUUAUAUAGAUGUCAGCAAUUAGGCAGGUCGAGUUCUAGCGUAGAGCCCGUUGUUAAAUAAAGCGUACUCCGUGCUUCCCUCUCCCGAAGACCAUGUUCCCCUUUCACAGGGUUUCCAACACCAGGCCACCAAAUGUGAGACACCAGCUCUUCCUCAUUUACCCCCAAACCAAAGAAGGGGUACUGCUGACGCCAAAGCCACUCAGAAACACAGUGUCUGUGAUAACGAGCCCUGCGCUGGGUGCUUUGGCUUUCACUCUCUGCGAAGUAUCUUCAGGGUUCGACACUAACCACAGACUGAAUGACUUACUUCCCAGAUGACAGCCGAGGCCUGUGUCAGCACCCUCAGCCUGCUGCCUGGCAGCCUUUCACACCCGAGCACACACAGGCCAGUGGCCCACUUCUCAUGAGCUGUGCCACAGCUCCUGCAGGGCGUGCCCAGGUGGCAGGAGGGUAGACGCAGACCACUAGAAGUCCCCCAAAAACGGUUUUUAAGACUACUAAGGCCUUCUGUGUAAUUUCUUUAAAUGUGUAUUUCUUAAGAAUUCAAAUUUGUAAUAAAACUAUUUGUAUAAAAAUGAAGCUUUUAUGGAUUUGUUGCUAGAACUGCCACUGAAACAUUAAAGAAGUUUCCACACAUGCCGCUAAUAAACCUGUAAGCUUUGCUGCAUACCUUA